GUUGCUUUUUAGUCUGUGAUACCCCGAGUAUGUUUGCAUUGCAUAGCCAUAUUCCGGGAGUUUCAUACUUAAUUAUGCAAGUGUUCAAGGCCAUCGUUCUUUAUAAAUUGAAGUGUAAAUUUGUGCAUGGUUGGGAUCGGAAUUCACAUUUUGCAUGUGGCGUAAACAUUUUGCAUUGAUGUAAUGAGAUUGAAAGUGUGUGUAAUAUUGCUUGACUGGAAUAACGUUGUCACCAACUAAAAGAGUUCGAUAUUCAGGUGAUAGUUAAGGGCACUACAAAUUGUACAAAGUCGAGUGUGAAAUAUCUGCAAACGACGGCUACCGUUGUUAUAUAACGGAUGGCAGACUGAGAAUUGACUGGAAAGAAAACGCUUGAAAGAAGCAUUACAAGGGCUAACCCGCACAUACUGAGAAAGUUCAGUCCAUUCACGUACAGUGGAAGGAAGGAAGGAAAAAGGUCAAAACUACGAAAAGAUAUCCACUACCAAUUGUCCAUCAUACAAAUCGACAGAGACGAUCAGUGCAAAUGGACUUGUCAAAGAAGCCUGUCGAUGGCGUUCAUGCUGACAAUAAAGGAUAUGAACACAAUGGCGAAUCCAAUGGAACAAAGUUUGACCUCGGUUCGGAGGGAAAAUCUGAUGUGUCACCGGAGGAGCCUCCUCCCAAGGGUGAGGACGGGAUGAUUUACAACAUCAGCGAACGGCCUCCAAUCGUAUUGGCUGGAUUCUUUGGGCUUCAGCAAGCGUUGUUGUCGCUAUCAGGAAACCUGUCAGUAUCUCUGCUGGUGGCUGAAACUGUAUGCGCGGAAGAAGACGAGGAGUUUAAGGCGAGGCUCCUUGGGACAACUCUGUUCAUGAGUGGCAUAACCACGCUUCUUAUGACGUUCUUUGGCGCGCGCUUGCCGCUGUUCCAAGGUGCAGCGCCUGAUUACGUCAUACCGUUGUUGGCCAUGGCUGCCAUCAACAAGGACCAGUGUACGCCUGACGCCCAGACUGUCGCAUUGGCGAGAAACGCAUCUCUUCUGAACGGGGAAGAAUUCGACCUCAUUGCUUUCAACAGACCAACAGUUUUACAUAAUACUCAGUUGUUACAGGGAAGUCUGAUCGCGGCGGGUGCCAUCCACUGCAUAAUUGGCCUGACGGGGCUGGUUGGUUUUCUGCUCCGGUUUGUGGGGCCCAUCACCAUCGUUCCCGCCAUAUUUCUUAUCGGUAUUUACCUGAUGAAGGCCACGGCCAAGUUCGCCAAGGUUCACUGGGGAAUUUCGUUUAUGACAUGCGCAAUUUCCCUUAUUCUUGCGCUUUACCUGUCUCGGGUCAAGCUGCCUGUGCCGAUGUACACUCGGCGGAAGGGUUGGCAUUCCAUACGGUAUCCGUACCACCAAACUUUCGCUAUUUUAAUAGCGAUUAUUGUUGGGUGGGCUGUGUGCGGCAUCUUGACGGCCACUGACGCCAUCGAGUACAACAAGAACGCCACGGAUUUCUACACACGGACGGACGCACGCAGCUACAUAAUCGCUUCCUCUAACUGGUUCUUUUGGCCGUACCCAGGUCAGUUUGGUGCAAUCGACUUCAGUGUUAGUGUCUUCAUCGGUUUUCUCAUCGCCACCUUUACUUCUAUUUUGGAUUCCAUUGGAGAUUACUACGCAUGCGCAUCGAUGUGUCGAGUGCCUCCACCACCAUCACACGCCGUUAAUAGGGGCAUUGCAAUGGAGGGGUUCUGCAGCCUUAUCGCGGGUCUUCUGGGGUGUGGACAUGCAACUACCACAUACGGUGGAAAUAUCGGCGCUAUUGGUGUCACUAGGGUUUCCAGCCGUCUGGUGUUCUUCUUCUGUGGGGUGAUAUACUUGGUAUUCGGCAUUAUUGGCAAAUUUUCUGCUGUCUUCAUAUGCAUUCCAUACCCCGUCUUAGGCGGUGCGUUAAUAACGAUGUAUGGCAUGUUCACGGGCGUGGUUUUGUCAAACCUCCAAGCCGUGGACCUCUCCUCCAGUCGGAAUCUCGCUAUCAUCGGCACUUCCAUCUUCACCGGCCUCAUGGUUCCACACUGGAUUGAAACAUUCCCGGACGAGAUACAAACUGGUAACGACAAGGCAGACGAGGUUUUGAAGAUCAUACUAGGGAACCCAAACAUGUUUGGUGGUGUCCUUGCCUGCAUUCUCGACAAUACAGUACCAGGUACAGUAGAGGAGCGAGGUAUCGCCGUAUGGCAGAAAGUACAGGAGACAGGGACCGACAGCGGGUACGUGGAAGGCUAUGACAUCUAUAACGUAUGGCUGCCGAAAGCCGUUCGACGUUCACGUCUCGUUCGCUUUCUUCCGUUCCUGCAGAACCCUCACGACGGUCCCAUUCCCCGUACACUGACGGACGAGCUGAGGGAUGCUAUUGGGCCCGAUUCGACGAAGCUGUAGAGAAACUUCCGUAAUUCAAAUACGAACUUCAUUAAAUACUCAAACUAUGUAUGUGGAAUAGACGAAGAGAAAGGUGGCAGUGGUCGUCUUUCAUGAAACUGUAAAUGCUGUGACAAAAAUAUACGCUGAGUAUAAAGUAAAAGUAUGCUCAUUUAUAAGAUGACUCCUAAUUUUACAUAUAAAAGCGGAGAAAAGACUUUCAACACAACGUUCAUGAUUCUUGAAAAUGAAACAACGCAAUACCUCAAAUAAUGUAUACCUGUUUCAAGUAGAACAGACUCGUAUUAUUGGUCGUAUAAGAGCAAUUUCAACGAAAUUUAAGUAUUUAUUCUUUCGGUGUAUGUGUGCUUUCAAAGGAUCUUCGGUACAGAAUGUAAUUGUUUAAGACAAUGCUCACGGACAUACUGCUGAUGUGCUGGUGUGGUGUCUCUUUUAAUAUUUAUGCAAAAAGCUACAUAAACAAGCUCAGUAGCAAACAGUUUAAACAUAAACCCGGUUUAAUGGCACUGGGUAAACGCCAAAGACAUAGAAAAUAAAAUCACAAACAAGAAACAUAGAAGAACAGCACAAAACUCCACAAACUCUUAAUGUGACUUUUUUGUUAUUCAAUGAUUGUUUUAACAGAACAAAGACACAUAUUGCUAUAGGCAUUCUUUUUGGAAAAGCCGAGUAAAAGUGAAUUAUUAUUUUAAUAAACAGGUGUAUAUGUAUAUAUGACAUAUAUUAUAUGUGCAUGAUAUCUCACAAAGUUUACCAUUACACUUAUUAUCACGCUUGUUAUCCUGUUUUCUAUUCAAAUAAAAUUGAAUUGAUCAUUUU